UUCACUAACACACAGACAGACAAUGGAAGAGUGUGACUGUGAGUGAAAAAAACAUGUUCUAUCUGUCAAAAAAAGAAAAUUUAUCAGUGUAUUGAAGUUAUUGAAUUUAAAACAAAUGUUCUGAGUUAUUUUAGAGUUUUUUUUUCUUUUCUUUUAGAGUUUAUAUAUAAAAAUUAGAAUUUAAAUUUAAAGAAAUUAAUUAUGGCCUGGACACAUUAUCAAAAAGUCCUCGCCCUUCUUAUGGUGAUCACAGGAUCUUUUAAUACUCUUUCAGUCAAAUAUGCAGAUAAAUUAACAUCGAAGGGAAAAGAUGGACAAAUCAGACAUUUUACACAUCCAUUUAUGCAAUCUGCUUUUAUGUUUGUUGGUGAAAUGAUGUGUUUAUUAGUAUUUAAACUUGCAUAUUGUUACUAUAAUCGACAGGCGAAUGGCUCUGUUGAAACAAAUGCAUUAACAAAAGGCUCACGUGAUUUUAGUUCGAAAAUACUUGCAAUUCCCGCAUUUUGCGAUACAAUUGCAACAUCAAUAAUGUAUGUUGGCUUAACAAUGACAUAUGCAAGCAGUUUUCAAAUGUUACGUGGUUCCGUUAUUGUUUUCACUGGAAUUUUAUCUGUCGCAUUUUUAGAACGUAAAUUGGGAAUACAAAAAUGGUCGGGAAUUGCAUUAGUUAUAUUGGGAUUACUUAUUGUUGGUCUUGGCGAUUUUUUCACAAUGAAAAAUGAACAUAAAGGGACAAAUUCCGUUAUUACCGGCGAUUUACUUAUUAUUUGCGCACAGGUGAUAAUAGCGGCACAAAUGGUAAUUGAGGAAAAAUAUGUAACGAGCAAAGAUAUUCCGUCACUUCAAGCCGUUGGUUGGGAAGGAAUUUUUGGAUUUAUCGCCAUUUGUUUGGCGCUAAUUCCACUUAAUUAUAUUCACGCUCCUCCUCCAUUUGCGGACAAUUCAAGAGGAACAUUGGAAGAUACAGUCGAUGCUUUAGUUCAAAUUAAAAAUAACGGACGACUUUUUAUGGCGAUUAUUGGAAUUAUGUUUAGCAUAGCAUUUUUCAAUUUUGCUGGCAUUAGCGUUACCAAAGAAUUGAGCGCAACAACGCGAAUGAUUUUGGAUAGUAUCCGAACACUUGUUAUUUGGAUAAUUUCCCUUAUUUUAGGUUGGCAAGAUUUUCACUAUUUACAGCUCUUUGGAUUUGGAUUUUUAUUGAUUGGAAUGUGUCUCUAUAAUGAUGUUAUUAUUCCACAAUUGACAAGAAAAUGUAUUUGUCGAUUAUCGCGAUCAUUGCGAACACGAUCGCAAACUCAGGACGAGGAACAAAUUGUCAACACAGCCGCUGACGAUGUGGAAAAUCCUUAAUGAAAACUGACAUUAAAUUUUCUACGUUUUUUUCUACAUUUUUUCCUAUUUUCUUUUCUUUUCUUUUUUUUUUUUAAUUCUAAGUCUUCUAAUAAUACUUUAUACAUUUUUAUAUUAUCGACUAUUUUAUAUAUAAAAUAAAUUAUAUAUUUGAUAUAUAUAUA